UGACCUGAAAGAGUGAUGGAGACUUUUAUUUUAAAACACGUCUCCCGGAAGCUAUUACAGUCUCUGAGAGAAAUCCUGACAGCUCUGAGUUUCCAGUACAGCCACUGCAGUGUCUCACAGUUUACUAACUUCAUCAUGACCGAUUCUUUGCUUCGCUGGACUGUUGAUAAGUUAAAGCAUUGUUUUGGAUUAGAGGCUAGCGACGACAUUGUACAGUACAUCCUUUCCAUUGACAACGCUGAUGAAAUUGUGGAGUAUGUUGGAGAUCUCUUACAAGGGACAGAGGGGAAGAAGCAGGAGUUUGUGGAUGAGCUGGUGCAGAGAUGGCAGAGGUGUCGGACGCAAGAGCCUGAUGGUCUGGGAGGCGUCUUCAGGAUAGAGCCAGUCAUGGAGGGUCUAGACACUACUCCCAAAGACAACCAGAAGAAGACCAAACGAAAGGGAAGAAACAAGCAAGAGAUUGCGACGUCUGUCUGUCAGGCCGAGCCGGAGCUUGUGAAAACCCCCAUUGACUUGAUGAAGGCUCAGGAGAACAGCGGCUCCAGCUCAGUGAAGAAGAAGAAGAACAAGUUUGUGAAUCUGUAUGCUAAAGAGGGUGGAGAUAAGCUGGCUGUUCUGCUGCCGGGCCGCCAGUCCUGCGAGUGUUUGGCUCAGAAACACAGACUCGUCAACAACUGUCUGAGCUGUGGACGGAUAGUGUGUGAGCAAGAGGGGUCCGGGCCCUGUUUGUUCUGCGGCAGUCUGGUCUGUACAAAUGAGGAGCAAGAGAUACUGCAGCGAGACUCCAACAAAAGUCAAAAGCUCCGUAAAAAACUCAUGGGAGAGGGAUCUGAACGGGACUAUCUGCCCCACCAAGAGGCCAGGAUGAAGACUGGUCUGGAAAAAGCCGUAAAGCACAAAGACAAACUUCUGGAGUUUGACAAGAACAGUGUUAAGAGGACACAAGUCUUGGAUGAUGAAUCUGAUUAUUUUGCCACGGACUCGAACCAGUGGCUUUCUCCAGGUGAGAGGGAGGCCUUACGCAAGCGAGACGAGGAGCUCCGGGAGCUUCGACACGCCUCCCACAAAGACCGCAAGAUCACACUCGACUUUGCGGGUAGACGAGUGCUGAAUGAAGGGGAGAAUCUGAGUCCGUACUACCAGAAGUUUGACGAUACAGUCAAGGACAUUCACACUGGUUCUUUUGGUCGGACAUCAAAACAUUCAGUUUCCACUGAUCGACCGCACCUCAGAGAGCUUGUCAACCCCAAUAUAGUACAGGCCGCGCCAGAGUGGGUUGACGUGGCCUGUAGCGACUCCUCACGCAAGUCUUCUUCAAAGGCUGUGAGUAAUACACAGAAAAGUGAGCGCAGCCGACUCAGACUGCAGGACAAAGAGCUUCAGGAGAUGUCAGAUGGAGGCUGGUGCCUCAGCAUGCAUCAGCCAUGGGCUUCACUGCUUGUUAAGGGCAUAAAAAGGGUUGAAGGCAGAACAUGGUACACGUCCCAUAGAGGGCGCCUGUGGAUCGCAGCCGCUGCUAACCGAGCAACUCCUCAAGAGAUCGCAGGGGUGGAGGCCAUGUACCGGCAGAUUUACAGAGACCAGCCCCAGUUUCCUGCGGAGUAUCCCACCGGCUGUCUGUUGGGCUGCGUGAACGUCACAGAGUGUCUCUCUCAGGAGCAGUUCAGGGAACAGUAUCCCAAGAUCAGCGAGGAGUCGACUUCUCCAUUUGUCUUCAUUUGCUCCAACCCCCAGGAGAUGGUGGUGAAAUUUCCCAUGAAAGGGAAACACAAGAUUUGGAAACUGGAGAGCCAGAGCCACCAAAGUGCCAAGAAGUGUUUAAUGCAGCCGGCGUGACCCGAAACAAAGCCGUGGCGGUCAAGAGACGAGGAACGGAGUCGUCGGCCGUGUCAGACAGUGGGAAUGAUGCAUAU